UGGUAUGGGUCGUACCUUUUUUCCUUUUUUCUCUUUUUGUGAUCCGUGCCUUCCACUUGUGUCGGUUUGCUUGAUACUCUGAAAAUAAGGUAGUUUUUUCCGCAUAUAUCUAAAUAAUCCUGAAAUGUUUCCAUAAUAGAAUCUAGCCUAACUGAAAUUUGUGUUAUCCUAACGCUGUUACAACCAAUAUUUACGCUUGGAUAAAGUAUUCAUGCAAUUAACCGAGAUACCAAAAUGCCGGAAAACCGCGGAACGGCGAUGUUUAUUUUUAGCUGUAACGUAAUUCGAUCUUCAUGAUGAUAACUCUCACCAAGGUUUCGCAAUUUCAUGUAUGAACCACCGUGAUUCGGCUCUUGGCAGUCUGAUAUACCCGCCAAAACCACUUCUUGUAACGUCUCGACCUUCGCCCCAUUAACCUUUACGACUGCAUUAGGGACAGCAUGCCAGAAAUGACGGAAGUGGAGAAACCCGCAGUCGCAGAGGCCAGCAAGCCUGAAUCAGAAUCUUCCACUGACAGUGACACUGAAGAAGACAUCCCAGAGUUGGAAGAUGCAGGGGGCAAUGCAGGGACUGCAGUUAAUGCUGCGGCGGCCGCAGCGUCGUUCCCUGGGGCCGCAGCAGCUGGCUUGCCAAUUGACAUGGUCUCCAAGGCCAAGCAGUCCAGGGGGGAGAAGAAAGCUAGGAAAAUUAUGUCAAAGUUAGGCUUGAAACCAGUCCAAGGUGUAAGCCGCGUGACGAUUCGCAAAUCCAAGAACAUCCUCUUUGUGAUCACAAAACCUGAUGUGUACAAAAACCCUGUCAGUGACACAUACAUUGUGUUUGGUGAGGCAAAGAUAGAGGAUCUGUCACAGCAGGCCCAAGUGGCUGCUGCAGAAAAAUUCAAAGAGGCGAAUCCGGCUGCCGCAGGGGCUGGUGUUGCCGGUGGAGCUGGAUUGGCAGCCCAUGAUGGGGCGCUGGCUGUAGGGGCGGCGGCUGGUGCUGCGGGGGCCGCAGGACAGGUGGGCACGAUACAAGAAGAGUCUGAGGAUGAGGAGGUCGACGAAUCUGGUGUGGAGGAGAAAGACGUAGAGUUGGUGAUGUCACAAGCGAACGUAAGCCGAGCGAAGGCUGUGAAGGCGCUAAAGAAUAAUAGUAAUGAUAUAGUAAACGCCAUCAUGGAACUCACCAUGUGAGUUCCUCCUUUCGUUCAUACGUUGCCGCUUUCGUUUUAAUUAUUUACCAUUAUUUCGUACUUUUAUCUUUGGGUUACAUUACAUUACAUAAGAAUCCAGUGUUGUAAAUACAUAUUAAAUCAUUAGUUGUAUAAUA